AUGCACUUCUCCAACAUUUCCUACUACGACGAGGCCGACUAUGAUGAAUACUACAAUAAUGACUUUGAUAAACCGUGUGAAUACAAUGAGAGCAACAGGGUGAACAGUGUGGUUGGUCCUUACAUUUACUCCAUCAUCUGCAUCCUGGGCUUUGUGGGGAACAGCCUGGUCAUCCUCACCUAUGCCCUCUACAAAAGAAGCAGAACUAUGACCGAUGUCUUCCUGCUCAAUGUCGCCAUCGCUGACCUUCUGUUCGUGAUGGCUCUACCGUUCAUAGUCUACAACGAGCUGCACCAUUGGCCGAUGGGGCAGGUGGCCUGUAAGCUGCUGCGUGGUUCCUACAGCGUCAACCUGUACAGCGGCAUGCUGAUGCUGGCCUGCAUCAGCGUGGACCGCUACAUCGCCAUCGUCCAGGCUCACCGCAGCUUCAGGCUACGCUCGCUGUCGCACAGCUACGUUAUCUGUGCCCUGAUCUGGGUCUUUGCUUUACUGGUGUCUGUUCCCACUUUCUAUUUCUACCACCGGUAUGAGCCAUCACACCACAGCAUCCAAUGGAUCAAUGGAACAGAAGAGGAAGAGACUCCAGUAGCUCCACAGUACGUCUGCGAGUGGAAAUUUGAGGACAGUGAGGUAGCAAAGAUGGUGAAGGUGGCUGUUCCCGGCACCCAGCUUGCCAUUGGCUUCUUCCUGCCUCUGAUCAUCAUGAUCUUCUGCUACACCACUGUCAUCAUCACUCUGAAAAAAUCCAAAAAUUUCCAGCGCCACAAAGCUGUCCAAGUGGCAUUGGUUGUGGUUCUGGUGUUUAUUGUCUGCCACCUGGCUUACAACCUCGCCCUCAUCUAUGACACUGUCAGCAUGUUCAAACAAAGCAGUUGUGAUGAGGUGGAGUCUCUGCUAAUGGCGAAGGCUGUGCUUCAGAUUAUCGCCUACCUGCACUGCUGCCUGAACCCGGUUCUGUACGCCUUCAUUGGGGUGAAGUUCAGGAACAAUUUCAGGAAUAUAUUCCAGGACCUGUGUUGUGUGAGUAAAGGUUAUAUAUCGCCAAACCGCUCCUCAAGAGUUACCUCCAAUACCUACAUGUCCACAAUCCACCAACCAGGGGAUGGGACUAGUGAGAAGGGCAUGAAAAGACAUCGCACUCAGGAACUCUGAUUCUGACCUGCGGAGAGUUCAAACCUGAGUUGAAUAUUAAUCAUUUUGUUCUAAUAUGAAUUUAAUACAAAAUUGAAUCGGAGACCAGGAAAAAUAAAGAAAA